AUGGAGGAUUCUAGGAGAGAGUUCCUGAAGUUGACUCGUGAUGUGGCAAUGUGGGAGGCGUCGUUGAUGAUGAGAGGUGUGUCUAAGGAACUUUCAGAAGGUCCUAAAAAUGACUUGCUGUUUGAGACCAUUGAAGACUUGAUUGAUGACGUAAUUCUUGGAACUUCAGAAGUUCCUGAAGGUGAUGUAGUUUUUAGUGAUGCUGAGGGGUUUGACGGUAGUGUGUUAAAGAAUGCAGUGGAAGAUUUUGAAGAUAGCUGUAGCGAUUUGGACGGCUCUAGUGUCGUGCGUGGUGGUGUAAAGGAUUUAAAGGGAGAUGUGAUACCUGUUUCAGGAAGCUUAAUUAGUGAAGCACUAUAUAGUAGGUGUGAAUGCUGCUUAAAAAAGGUGUUAGUUGACAAAGGUUUGUCUGAUGUUAACGGAUUGCUUGGCGACGUGGAGAGCUUUGAUAACGGUGUUGGAAAGGUUAUCUUUGGUAGCGUGUUGACUCCGUUCUGCGUCUUUGAUUCGAGAGAUCCUGUCGUGGUUGAUAAUGUUGACAAUGUUUUGUUUAUGGGGUCUACAGAUGGUUCCUUAGUGACAGCGGUAACUUAUAGAACGUGGAUCCUCCAACUUCUGCUUGCAAUGUAG